AUGUCUCCCCCACUCUACAGCGAUAUCUCCAGAAAUAUUAACGAUCUAUUAAACAAGGAUUUCUAUCAUGCUACUCCUGCUGCUUUUGAUGUGCAAACAACUACCGCCAAUGGCAUUAAAUUCUCAUUGAAAGCUAGACAACCAGUUAAGGACGGUCCAUUGUCCACUAAUGUGGAAGCUAAGUUGAACGACAAGCAAACCGGCUUGGGCUUGACUCAAGGCUGGUCUAACACGAAUAACUUGAAAACCAAGUUAGAGUUUGCCAACUUGACUCCUGGUUUAAAGAAUGAAUUGAUUACUUCCUUGACUCCAGGCGUGGCCAAGUCAGCAGUGCUGAAUACUACCUUCACACAGCCUUUCUUCACCGCAAGAGGUGCCUUCGACUUGUGUUUGAAGUCUCCAACUUUUGUUGGUGAUCUAACUAUGGCCCACGAAGGAGUUGUUGGUGGUGCUGAGUUUGGUUACGAUAUCAGUGCUGGUUCCAUCUCUCGUUAUGCAAUGGCUCUAAGUUACUUUGCCAAGGACUACUCCUUGGGCGCUACUUUGAACAACGAGCAAAUAACUACAGUGGACUUUUUCCAAAACGUCAAUGCUUUUCUACAAGUGGGUGCCAAAGCCACCAUGAACUGCAAAUUACCUAACUCCAAUGUCAACAUUGAAUUUGCCACUAGAUACUUGCCCGAUGCAUCUUCCCAAGUCAAGGCCAAGGUAUCCGAUUCUGGUAUUGUAACUUUGGCUUACAAGCAAUUGUUGAGACCUGGUGUCACUUUGGGUGUCGGUUCCUCUUUCGACGCUUUGAAGUUAUCUGAGCCGGUUCACAAGCUAGGGUGGUCUUUAUCCUUCGACGCUUGA